CUGUCUGCUAUUCAGCGUCAGUUUGCAUCCGAUAUCUUUCAGCUUGCACCAUCUCCCAAGCUAGCCUCCAAUUCCCGAUGGGUACUGCUAAAUACGGCACAGAGACUGCAUACCAAGGUUGAUAUCUUCCAGUCAUUGGAUCUCAGUGGCAUUUUCCGUCAGGUUCAAUAUCGUAUUAUUAGCGAUGCCGAUUGGGAUAACCUGGUAUUCAAACGCUACUUUCCAGCCAAAGGAGCCUCGACAGCUAAGGCUCUUCAGCAAUUUCCAUCUGCAUCAUACUAUCGGCAAUGGCAAGCUCUCAUGGAUGGGCUUGAUGAAGAUCGUGCAGAGAUUAUCCAGAACCGCCUGAGGCAGUGGUUUGACAAACUUUACUGGGUACCGCAUCCUGAAAGUGACCGUAUGUGGUCAACCAAAAAAAGUGGCAAGGAAUGGACGAUGUUGCCUCCUGGAGAGCCGGGAAAUUGCCCACGCAUAGCAGUCAAUCCAAGAUUCAUUGGCAAA